AUGCGCGCCUUCUCACCACAAGCUUGCACUUCAUCCUUUCGAUCGAUAACUUCCACAAGACCCAUUGCAUCUCACUUCGGAAAGGUUAUCCGACCUGCCGCAACAUCGUCUCUCAGAAUGUCAUCAUCAGGCGCCCCCACAACAACAGGUCUCAACAUCGAGAACAAAGACGUUCAAACCGCUCCCGGCAUCUCCUUGACCAGCGACCAGCAAACAAUUGUCGGCUCGGUCCUCGAUCUUUUUGCAGGCAGGCCUUCUCUUCAGAAAUUGGGGCUUUGGCGUGAUGACGCAACUUUUACCGAUCCAUUGACUAUUGCGCAAGGUCGGGAGCGUUACUCUGCUCAGUGGUACGGGUUACAAUCUGCUUUCUCGGAGAUUGAGCGAUUGCACCACUCUGUGAAGGAUGCCGGAAAUCCCAUUAUUAUGGAUUUGAAGACACGGUAUGUGGUGAAGGGUAUCGGCAAGGAGCAAACGAUCCAAAGUGUUGUGGCAAUUCAUCUUGAUGAACAGGGCAAAAUAGCCCGAUUGGAGGACAAGUGGGAUGGGAAGUUGCCGGAUGGAUCGAUAUCAAAUGCUUUCAGGCAUUUGAAUGCAGCUACGGUCCCGAAAAUGAUUAAUGUACCCAAAAAUGCGGAAGAAGAUGCGAAGAAGGGGAAUUAA